UGGGGCCCCCGGACAAUAGGGGAUCAUGGGGCCCCUGUGUCCUUGCCCAAACUCAAAAAAGCCUAUGAAAAAGGUACCAGGGGCAUCUCAUGGGGCCCCCUACUGACCCCGGACCCUCGAGCAAAUAACCUUGGCCAGCAGCUGCAGAUAAGAAUCCCAGUUACAAACCGAUACACACAGAGGCGGACUGACAACUCAUGGGGCCCCUGGGCAAUAGGGGAUCAUGGGGCCCCUGUGUCCUUGCCCAAACUCAAAAAAUCCUAUGAAAAAGGUACCAGGGCAUCUCAUGGGGCCCCCUACUGACCCCGGGCCCUCGGGCAGUGUCCGAAUUUCCAAAUGGUCAGUCCGCCCCUG